AUAUCACCAUUUGGUUUGUUCAUUGGAGUCGUGUGAAUGAAAUGGACUCCGUUAGUUAAUCAAAAAGACCAAAGGGAUUUAAAAAGUCUUGUGACUUACCCAUUAAUCAGAGCGCGGGUUUGCAAGCCGUAAUCUCCUUAAUUUAUAUUAUUAUCACCGUCUCUUAUCAAAGGGAUCUUUAAUAUACACCACUAAGUGGCGCGCGUAUUCACGGUUAUCACACCUCUGCAACUACAAAGAGGAACCGGGUUUCGGUACCCAACGACCUCGUCGCAUCCGAGUCUUUGAGAUGGUCCCCGGAUCAAACGCGCCUCUUUGACAGAUCUUCUUCAGAGGAGGAGGUCAGGCGAGAGGGGAGUGACUAUAAAACCAGAGUCGCAGCAUCUCACCUGUACCAUUCGCAUUCUACCCGAGGAAGGAACUACUACUACGCACACAUCGCGCAACAAUGAAGCGACCAGCAGUGGACUUCUCCUUUGCGCUCUUUCUUCUGGUGGAUUUGGUCGCGGUUCUCGCCGCACAGCCCUCCGCUGGGAUGCACCCCGCCGCACUGCUCCGGGGGAUGGACGCCGGCUCCAGACGCACGACGCACAGGCAGGAAGAAAACAGGUUGCCCCUCUACAUGAUGCAGCUCUACCGGACCAUGCUGAACGAGGGCCGGCAUUGGACUCCGGCCGCCAGCGUGAGCCGCGUCAGUGAGGAGGACAACCCCGGUUUGCACGCCUCCGACUCCGUGGUCAGCCUCGUCGGCAAGAGCUGCCAUCAGAUUGGCAAGAAGUGGUCCGUCACCUUCGACAUGUCCUCCAUGUCCGCAAGCGACAACAUCCAACUGGCCCAACUUCGCAUCCGCCUGCCCUCCUUCACCGAGUCUCACAGAGCCUCCGUGGACGUCUACCACUCCCAAGGGGGUCAAUGCUCCGGCACGCGCUGCCCAGGGAACAGGCAGUUCGUGGGGCGCCUUGUGGCUCACCCCAGCUCGAUGGCGUCCCCCUCCUCGUGGAAGGUGCUCAACAUGACGGAGAUGCUCCAGCGCUGGCUGCAGCAGGAGCAUCCCGCGCAGAGGAUGGAGGAGGAUGAGGCUGAAGUGAAGGAGCAAGAGGGGCAGGAGGGAAUCGGUCACCCGACCGCCGACCGAGUCACCGCGGUGAUCUUCUCAAGGCAACACUCAAACAGCCUUCGGGUGCCAACGCUCAUCCGCACAGCCGGCCACUCCAAGUACGUCAGCCUGGACCGCAAGAGAGUCACGUCCGGCUCCGGCUCCAGGCCGAGGAGCCGCAGGUCCAGGAGGCAAUCGCAUGGCCGGCAGCAGCGACAGCGUGUGGCCGGAGCCGCUCCCCCCAGCAGGCCCGCAGAGGAGGAGGAGAAGGAGGAGGAGGAGAAGGGUCAUCUCUGCAGGAAGGUGGACAUGAUGGUGGACUUUGCGAAGCUCGGUUGGAGCGAGUGGAUGGUCUAUCCCAAGCAGUACAACGCCUAUCGCUGUGAAGGGAGCUGUCCCACGCCAGUGGAUGAGACCUUCACGCCCACCAACCACGCAUACAUGCAGAGCCUCCUGAAACUUCACCACCCAGACAAGGUGCCGUGCCUUUCCUGCGUGCCAACGCGCCUGGCACCGGUGUCCAUGCUGUACUUCGAGAACGGCAAGAUGGUCAUGAGGCAUCACGAGAACAUGGUGGUGGAGGAGUGCGGCUGCCACUAAGCAAAAGACCCGAAAACCUUUUGGUUGAAGGCCAAGAGCGGAGGCACCGACGGGGUUCCUCCUCACAAAGUGGAUGGACGUCCACAGGCAC